CUGCGAGGGGAGACUAAUUCCAGGGCUCUUGGCAUGCAGCCACAGCAGAGGAGGCCCCUCUCCAGGGCGGGCUCCAGGCCUGAGCUAACUGCCCUGUGCAUUGCCAGGUGCUGGGGUGGGGCCUCAGUCACUUCUCAUAACCAGAGUGCAGGCCCACCCAGCCCAUCAAGGCUUCACAGGGUGGUGCCAGGCUGACGGCAGGGGAGCUGAAGCAAAAAGUACUCACCCUUUGGGCCAAGGUCUGUGUUACCUCCUUUAGCCAGUGUGCAGGGCACACCCGUGCCAGCAGAGCCAUCAGGGAUGUGUAAUUUCCACUUCAUCCAGGAGUGCCUGAUCAGAAUGGCUAUGGGAUGGUUCUGUCUGCCUUUCUGUGCACUAUGGCUCCUGGGCUCGAUGUGCAUCCUCUUCACCAUCUACUGGAUGUGCUACUGGCAUGGAGGCUUUGCUUGGGAUGACACCAUUUUUAUGUUCAACUGUCACCCAGUGCUCAUGGUUGCUGGCAUGGUGGUGCUCUACAGUGCUGCUUCACUGGUGUACCGCCUGCCUUGGUCAUGGGUGGGACCCAAGCUGCCCUGGAAGUUUGCCCACGCAUUCCUGCACCUGACAGCCUUCAUCCUGACCAUCCUGGGGCUGGUGGCCGUCUUCAGGUUUCACAACCAUAAAAACACUGCCAACCUCUAUUCCCUGCACAGCUGGCUGGGCAUCACCACCGUCUUCCUCUUUGCCUGCCAGUGGUUCCUGGGCUUUGCCGUCUUCCUGCUGCCCUGGGCGUCCCUGAGGCUGCGCAGCCUCCUUAAACCCAUCCACGUCUUCUUUGGAGCCUCCAUCUUAUCUCUGGCCAUUGCGUCUGUCAUUUCCGGCAUUAAUGAGAAGCUCUUCUUCAGUCUGCAAAAUGCCACCAACCUGUACUCCAGUCUGCCCAGUGAGGCUGUCUUUGCUAACAGCACUGGGAUGCUGGUGGUGGUCUUUGGGCUGCUGGUGCUAUAUAUCCUUCUGGCUUCAUCUUGGAAAUGCCCAGAACCAGAGAUCCUGACGGAAAGACAGCCCCUGUUGCAUGAUGGAGAAUGAAGCAGGAAGUGGGUGCUGGGAGCCAUCAGUGGUAUGGUCUGGACUCCUCUCAGAAGCUCUGCUCUGCCUGGGGCUCCGUCUGUUUCAGCAGCAAACUUGCUUUGGUCUCUCGGCUAAGACCUCUCUCCUGCUCUCUGAAGUCAUGCUGGUUUCCCCUUUAGGCCCCUAGGGUUGUGGUACAAAAUCCCCACAGCCCAGGUAAGCCAGAACUUGAGUGCAGUCUGCAGUGUGAAAUGUGCAGGAGGUGACUGUCCCUCAGCUUUCCCAUUGAAGGCGUGCAUUUCAUUUAGGCCACCACCUGCCAUGGGGCAGGCUUCACCUGCCCUGUCAUCUCCUCCUGGACGUGAGGCUGGGUGGGCCCAUCGUGAGGUGAUGGAAUGAGUAGGGAGGGUGGUGGCAGGGCAGCUUCUGCAGAGAAGCCGAGCUGCGGCCUGCUCUUUCCUGUUGUCUCAUGUCACUGCGUUCUGUGCGUGCACGGUGGCCACUUGGCUCCACCUCUUCUAGAGGCUGCCACAGCUCGGGCCUGGGCCCCAGCCUUUCCCUGACUUACACUGCCAAGCAGCCUAGCAAACCCUGGUAACCUGCUUUCUCAAGAACAGACAGUGUGGCCCCAGCUUUCCCGACGGAUGAGUAGCAGGGGUGCCUCAGACUUCCUUUCCUUCUCUCUGGAUCAGGGCUUCCCUGCCUGUCCCCUGGCAGGUUCAGCCUGGCUCUUGGCAGGGCCCUAGCCAGCUAAGUUUCACUCCCCAGCUCACAUGCCUAAGUCGUGCACUGUGCCAGCCAAGCUCUGGGAGCCAUGGCCAUCUUCAGAGGUGUCCCUUGCAGAGUGUCAGAGUGCCUUAUCUGCCCCCACAACGGCUGCUUGCCUAGUCAGACCCAGUCUCAUGUGUUAGGCCAGAUGGUGAGCUGCUGUUCCUCUCCAGUGGAGAAGCUGGGGUGGAGAGGGAGGAGUCCUGUUCCUCCCCUAAGUGCGCUGCUGCAGCCUUUCCUGCCCUCUCCAGACGAGCCCUGGCCAGGGCCGAGGCCACAUGGCUUAAAGAGAAGCAGCAUGUCACUAACUCCAAUAGGUGGCGAGGAGGCUGACUGUCCACCCCAACCCCAUGUGGCUCUAUGUUGGUAGGAGGGCUGUGACUGAACUUCUGGAGGGGACAGAGCCUUCAGUCAUUGGGAUGACUACUAGGUGCCUUUGUCCCAUGACCAGCUCCCCUUCUUUCCAUAUGAGUAGGCAUUUCACUUGUUUAUGAAGCUUGACUUUCAUUAAUCAUAUUCUUAAGAAUCAAAGCCUUCUCUGCUGAAAUGACAUUGUGGUUAAAUGAGCUCUGGGCAGCUUGUCAAAACCUUGGACAGUCCUGACCCUCAGACCUGGGGAGGGCCAAACCAGAAGGCACUGAAUAUCCAUGAUUGUCCUGGAAUCGUGUAACUCUACAUGUGUGGCUGUCCUCAAUAGUGAAUGGCUUUUGAGCACUUGG